CAUCAUCAACACUCAGGCUGCUGGACAGCCUGGACAGGCCUGCGACUCAUUCACUAAAAUCUUGUGCGCCUCCUGCUGCCAUCGCCUCAACAACUGAGAUAUAAUCCGCACCGAGACGGGCAUCAAGUUUAAGCAAAAAUCUUACUUUCACAAGGCCACGGAUAUCCUCUGUUUAGGCAGAAGAGUGUCAGCACGAGGGAAUCAGGAUCGGAGAUGUUAGCACGCCGACUUCACUUGGCAGCUUUAACCUGUUAUUCAACAUCGGUCUCGACCCUGAUAGCCCUCUUCAUCGACCGUACGGAGUACCAAAUCAUUUUCGACAAGUACAUCUAUGUCGCGAAGACACUUUCAUGUUCCCAGGUAAUCGACACCCUGGGACGUCCUCAUUCCAACCGAGUUUCAGUCAAACACCAUUGUCGGGCGUUCCGUCAGUCAACAUUUCAAAAUUUUGACGCAUUCAUCAAUUAACAAAGCGGCAACCCUUUCAUUGGAGACAAUCAGCCAACAUCCAAGGAAGGAGCAUACCUCAUCCUUUCUGAUGGGGCCUGGCCUGCGGACUCGGAACCACUGCAGAACAUUAGUUCGAUUUUGCUAAGCAUCUUCAAUCGGGCAUCGAGAAUGAUAUAUACCUAAUCACUGGGUGCCAGAAGAGGGGACUUGCAGCAUACGAUGCAAAGAAUUUAAUGGAAACGAACGAUCGAGGUCCUACCACGGGGUAUGACGGUGGUCGGCAAAAUCAAACAGUAUUCAUUGAAUUUCAUUCUGGGUCCCAUCACCAUGGGAUGGAAACUUGCCAAAAGAAGCGGCCCGCUCCGAACCUUUUGCAGUCUUAAUAUCAAUGUGUCUCCCUUGACCGAUACUAGGC